AUGAUGGGAGACUUCAAUGCUCAAGUGGGCGUUCGAAAAGCCGGAGAAGAACAUAUAAUAGGGAAAUACGAAAAAGAUAAAGUUAUAAACGAAUUUAGGAAAGGGACAAUCAAAGAAAUAAGCCCAAUACUAGCUAUAUACGGGCAGUAUCCCAAGCCAGUGGGCAGAAUCACACAUAAUACUCCUAUCUUGAUAGAGCAGGGCAUUCAAAACGUUUAUAUAAACAUCAUCAAGAAGAUCUACAGCAAAAGUAAAGCAGGUAUUAGGCUGGAAUCUAUGGGAGAUGUUUUUCCAAUCGAAAGGGGCGUCCGGCAAGGUGACCCACUGUCGCCAAAGCUGCUUACAGCAGUGCUAGAACAAAUGUUCAGAAAAUUGGAAUGGGAACUGGGGCUAAAUAUUGGCUAA